AUGGCAGAUAUACCCAACGAAAUUACUAUCAUCAUUCUCUCGAAUUUACCAGUAAAAUCGCUCUUGCGAUUCAAGUGUGUUUCUGAGUCAUGGCGUUCUUUGAUUUCAAGUCCAACAUUUGAGCUCUCGAAUCAUCGACGAGAAAGAGCUAUAACCGUGACGUAUACACACUAUUCAGUGUUGACAAGAUGGUCUUUUGAGGAGAAUUAUAGACCCUUGUUCCGCUUCAUAAACGAACAACUCACUUUGGAAGAGCUAAAUUGUCCUUUAAAGGAAAAGGGUGGUGAGAUUUCUGUGCCUUCUAUAGAUAAUUGUAUGUUUCGGGGUUCUUGUCAUGGUCUUAUACUUUUAAAUUUCAAGCGACACCUUUUCUUGUGGAAUCCUGCUACUCAAUCUUGUACCAAAGUGCUUGACAUUGACGACUUGACAUUAAGAAAAUAUGGCAGUUUUAUUACAACCGCUGCGUCCUGGGGACUUUGUUUUGACUCUUCCAAGAAUGAUUACAAGGUUGUGAUGUUUAUAUACGACUCGGUUGCAAUUGCUAGUCUUAAAACCAAGGAAUGGAGGCGAGUCAAAUUACCUUAUGAUGUCUGCUCUAUGCAUUCUGAUGCUUGGAUUACAUUGCAUGGACGACUUCACUCUAAGACGUCCCUAAAGUCUAAUUAUCGAGGAGUUGGUUUAGAUAAUGUUAUAGUUGGUUUAGGCGUUUUAGAUGAAUGUCUUUGUAUGACUUGUCUGAAAUCUUAUAAGGGUUUUGAGAUACUGAUCAUGAAGGAAUAUGGAGUAAAGGAAUCGUGGACACCCUUAUUUUUCAUAAAGGAUUUAGGAAUAGGUCUUCUUUUUGGACUUGCAGCGCCUUUUAUCGUGACAGAGAAUGGAAAAUUAGCUUUGAUAAUACGCGAACGAGAUAGUCAGAGAAUUGUUAUAUACAAUCCUAAGGAUGAUAAUGUGCGAGACAUUGUUGUCCACGGAAAGACAUACUUAUUUACAUCUGUUAUUACAUAUGUGGAAAGCUUGAGUUCGUCCGAAGGAUACUACUAG